CCGUCAUGUCCCAUCGUCUGGCACGUCCUCUGUGUCAUCUAAAUGUCCCACGCAUACGCUACUCCUCCUCGUCCAUCAAGAGAAAACCAACCAAACAAGUACCAAUGCUACCCCCCCAAAAAUUACGCGCCCUCAUCUCAGUCUACCACGGCACCGAGUCCUUUGUCACUCCCGAAAAUCUCUCAGAGCGUAUCGACGACGCCUUUACCAGAUCUGCCGGGGGUACUGCACUCAAUUCUUUCAAAAAGUAUGACAAUCUGAGGAAACUCAGACUCGCACAGAGGGAGAUGGCGAAACUGUGGGAAUGGGACCGUCAGAUAUCUUUUGGGAAUCCGGCUAUGGAGGAGAGAGAAGCGAGGAUCAUCGAAGCACUGUAUGGUGUGGAUACAAGUGAUCCACUAUACUGCAGGUAUCCUGGACUGGACCUCUUGCAGGAUGCUGACCGGGUUCCCGCCUCUCGUGAAGACGCAAAGUCUGUUGUCUCUCAGGCCGAGCCGCUACCUGUUCCGGAGGAGUUUACAGAGGAUUAUUCGGCACUGGAGCUUGUGGGUAAUGCUGUUUCAGAGACAAAGUAUCGCACAAGCAACUAUCCCAUUCCCGACAAAUUCGUGGAACUCAUCAGGCGGCAAAUCCGGCCAUCCAUACCAGAUUCCUCUUCAGACGAGGUUCUCCUAUGAUGAAUUACUCUAUGCGAUAGGCAAUGUCUAUCACCCUAUUGGCAGAGUUUUGCGGGACAGUUUGCCUUAUGCAGAUUUCUGUCCCCACUUCUACCUCCAAUGUUACCUACGAUUGUAUCAUAACGCUUAGCCAUAAAUAUCGGAGAUUUGACUACACUUUCGUUUUUCCAU